GUUGAAUUGAUCAAUUAUGUGCUCGGCGUUGUUUGAAAGGAAGCUGAGAAUUGCAACUGCUUACAAGAGAAUGGAUGGACGGUGGAUGCAACUUCUCAAAUGGUGACUGUGAAGAAAGAAGACACUCAAAUUGAGAACAACAGUUUUGGAGACUUAUCCUUUGGCAACCAAGACACAUCAGCCAUGGCAACGGUUCUGGAACAGGAGGAAGAACUCACGGGAAACCUCAAACAUAACAAUGCGGUGCAUCUCUGGUCCAAGAUCAAAGGAAAGGAGGAUCUGACUGCUCUUUGGUAUCGACUUAAUGAAGAGAAAGCUGAGUGGAUUAUAUGUUACCGGCUGAAUCAGGAUAAUGAUGACAAGACUUACCCUAAAACAAGCCAUGUUGGUUUUGGUUUUGUCAAGCCAAAAGAUGGCAAACCAUUUAGAACUCGAGAUUCAGAUGUGGUCCCUUUAAGUUAUUUGCUAGAUGAUGCCAAGACUCGCAGUAGAGAUGUUCUUAUUGAGUGCGGUAUAAAUGCCUUUGUUACUGUUUACAUUUUGACAGGAAAGCUAGUGUUGAAUCAUGCGGAUGAACGAGCACUAGGACUUCACUCGCUACGAUUUUCUGAGACUGUUGAGGAAGUAUUUACCAAGCGUACUGUGCAAGUACCUCUUUAACUUAUCUGAAUACUACAAGUUCUACACAAAUUUUCAGGUAUGUUAUCAAACAUUCUAUACUAAAAGUUGUCCUGAUUC